ACUCUGCCUUUGGAGCCUUCUGCCAGCCAGCAGCUGGGCUUGUCGAGCGUGAGCAGGAGACAGCUUGAUUGCCGGGCGAAGGGGCAGAAUGGAGUCCUCCGCAGAGCUCCUACACGACCCCAGGUUCCCAUCUCAUCACAUCAAGCUGCUGUUUACAAAUUUCAGCAUCCCCCUCGCCUGUGUCUCCAAGCCACCCACCUCACUGCAGCUGCUGUACCAGCUGGACCCCAUCGAGCUCUCCAUCCUUGGCCUCAUGACCUUCCUGACACUGGUGUCGGUCGCCAUCUUCCUCGAAGAAGCCAUGUACCUGUCAAAGAAGAUCCGCUGCCUGAUCAAGAUGAAAACCCUCAUCUGGAGCAGCUCGGCCCCCACGAUGGUCUCCGUGUUCUGCUGCUUUGGGCUCUGGAUACCACGCUCCAUGAUGGUGGUGGAGAUGGCUAUUGGCAUGUACUUCAGCAUAUGCUUCUACCUACUCAUGCUGAUGAUGGUGGAAGGCUUCGGUGGGAAGAAGGCCCUGCUCAAAGCACUGAGGGACACGCCCAUGGUGAUCAGCACAGGCCCCUGCUGCUGCUGCUGCCCCUGCUGCCCGCGCAUCACUAUGACCAAGAGAAAACUUAAAAUCUUUCUUCUGGGCACUUUCCAAUUCGCCUUCCUCAAGACAGCCUGUGUCUUUGUGGGGCUGGCCCUGGCUGCAGAUGAAAACUACGAUCCGGCUGAUAUCUCCGCUACGAGCGUGGCACUCUGGAUAAACACCUGCCUCGGGUUCUCCACCAUCUUUGCUCUGUGGGCCCUUGGGAUCAUGUUCCGCCAGGCGAGGGUGCACUUGGCAGAGCAGAACUUGGGGGCCAAGUUUUUUUGUUUCCAGGUGCUCCUCAUCCUGACUGCGCUACAGCCCUCCAUCUUGAGCAUCCUGCAAAACAACGGCCAAAUUGCCUGCGCCCCGCCAUUGUCCUCCAAGACGAGGUCACAGUACAUGAGCGUGCAGUUGCUUAUCCUGGAGACCUUCCUCAUCACAGUGGUGACUCGGAUGUAUUACAGAAAACAGGACGACAAGGCAGGAUAUCAACCUUUCAGCCUUCCGGAUGGGGACGUGGAAAGCAAAGCCUAGACAGGAAGAAGCGGUGACCAGAAAGGAGCUUCUGACAGGACAGAGCCAUGGCACAAGAAGUUUCUCCCACUUUCCCAAAACAACAUGUUCCCUCUGCAAUUUCACAGUGAUAGAAUAUUUCCCUAGGUAGCUGUCUGAAGUUUCAUUUGGCAAGUGACAUAUAGGAGGGAAACACAAUUUGCAUCCAGAUGGUAGAUGGGUCUGAAAUCCAAAAGAUAUGAACCAAAGUUUCUGUAAGCCAGCUUCUUAGUGCAGGGGCCUUAUCUGUAAAGUGCCUAGCCCACCUCGUGUGCUGUAUAAAUACAGAAUAAAAAAAAUCGAUCCAGGCACUUAGACUGGGCUCU